AUGUUAUCUUCUUUUUCACUUCUACAUAAUGUAAGCAGUUCUACCAUUAUUUCUCUCAGUUUGUAUACAUAUCCUGAACUUUUAGAUCGACGAUUUGUUAUUUUUAGGGAAAAUCGAGAAAGGAAACCGGCGAUAAGCUCAGUGAAUGAUAUUCAACCGGAAUUACUCAAAGUGCUAUACAAUUUGCCACCGAAUUUUGAAGUCCAAGUCAAGAAUGUGGAGGAAAAAAGUGGAAUCAAAAGAGAACAUGCAUGCUUCCUGAAAAUUCACUUAGAUUUCCGUGCAGUUUGA